CCAAAGAAGUAGAUGGAGUUAGGAUUCCAGUUGAUAGUACCAAGCCUAACCCCAAUGAUGUAGAGUUUGACAAUCUCUAUUUGGAUAUGAAUGGAAUUAUUCAUCCAUGUUGUCAUCCAGAAAAUAAACCUGCGCCAAAGAACGAAGAUGAGAUGAUGUGUGAGAUUUUCUUGUACAUCGAUCGUUUGUUCAGUAUAGUGCGCCCUCGCAGAUUGCUCUACAUGGCCAUUGAUGGAGUUGCUCCUCGUGCCAAGAUGAAUCAACAGCGCUCACGUCGAUUCAGAGCUUCAAAAGAAAGCAGAGAUAAGAGGCAAGAUGAGGCAAGGAUACGAGCUGAGAUUGGUGAGCGUGGUGGAUACCUGCCUCCUCCUAAGCCCAAAGAAAGUCACUUUGACAGCAACUGUAUCACACCGGGGACAGAGUUCAUGUUUCGUCUUGCUGACUGCUUGCGUUAUUAUGUGACAGAGAGAAUAAACAAUGAUCCUGGCUGGAAGAACAUUAAGGUGAUCCUUUCUGAUGCUAAUACCCCAGGAGAGGGUGAGCACAAGAUAAUGGACUACAUUAGGAAGCAAAGGGCCAAUCCAGACCAUGACCCUAACACUCAUCAUUGUCUGUGCGGUGCUGAUGCUGAUCUAAUUAUGUUGGGUCUUGCUACCCAUGAGGUAAAGUUCACCAUCAUCCGUGAGGAGUUCAAACCAAAUCAGAGGAGACCUUGUGAGCUCUGCAAUCAAGAAGGACAUGAAAUGAAAGAAUGCCAGGGGCUGCCAAAGGAAAGAGCAAAUGAGCUGGAUACCAUACCUGUGCCUCAAGGUGCUGAGACAGAGUUCAUAUUUCUCAGACUCAAUAUUCUCAAAGAGUACCUGGAAAAAGAGCUGUGGAUGACAGGUUUACCUUUCACCUUUGACCUAGAGAGAGCUAUAGAUGACUGGGUAUUCAUGUGCUUCUUUGUUGGUAAUGAUUUCUUGCCUCAUCUUCCUUCACUUGAAAUCAGGGAAGGGGCCAUUGACAGGCUGAUACGACUGUACAAGAAAGCUGUUUACAAGACAAAGGGCUACUUGACAGAGAAUGGAGUGGUCGACCUUCAACGUGUCCAGCUGAUGAUGACCGAUCUAGGUGAAGCAGAAGAUGAGAUCUUCAAGAAGAGAAGAGUCACUGAAAUCGGUUUCAGAAAGAGAAAUAAAGAGAGGAAUAAGAGAAUGAGAGCUAAUACUGCACCAGCUUUCAUACCAGCAGGUGUAUUGGCUCCCACACCCAUUACUGGUGGACCGUCAUCAAGCUCAGCUAAGCAGAUCAUGGAGCAGCGUAGAGAUGCCAGGAUGACAUCAAGGGAUAGUGCUAACAGGAAUGCAGCUGAUGCAUUAAGAGCUUCGUUUAAAGGGGGUGAGGAGAGAGGAACAAAGAGAAGUCGUGAUGAGGCCGAGGAAGAAGAUGAAGACAAGGAUGAUACUGUCAGGUUAUGGGAAGAUGGCUGGAAGGAGCGUUACUAUCAAAACAAGUUUGAUGUUCCCUCAUCUGACCAUGAUUUCCGUGCAAAAGUUGUGCGAUGCUAUGUUGAAGGUCUGUGCUGGGUACUGAGGUAUUACUAUCAAGGAUGUGCAUCAUGGAAGUGGUAUUUUCCUUACCAUUAUGCUCCCUUUGCUUCAGAUUUCCUCGACAUCGGCAGCCUUCCUAAUGACUUUGAGAAAGGAACAAAACCUUUCAAGCCAUUAGAGCAGCUGAUGAGUGUGUUCCCUGCAGCCAGUGGUAACUUCCUACCAGAAUCAUGGAGGAGAAAAAUGAUGGACAUUGACUCACCAAUCAUUGACUUCUAUCCAGAUGAUUUCCAGAUUGAUCUCAAUGGGAAGAAAUAUGCAUGGCAAGGUGUAGCACUCCUGCCAUUUGUAGAUGAGCAUCGACUCCUUACGACCCUUGCAGAGGUAUAUCCCAACCUCGCACCAAUAGAGAGGAAGAGAAACAGCAAUGGUCCUGAUCGUUUGUUUGUGGGUCAGCAUCACCCACUCUAUAACUUCAUCAGGGAGCUGUAUGAAACAGAUAGUCUUAAAGAGGCUGAACCAGACACUGAUAUUUGCCCUUCACUUGCCAACGGUGUGAGAGGAAAGAUUGGAAAGGAUGAAUUUGUAACAAUGCCUGGAAAACUUCAUCGGUCACCUGUUCCUCAACUGAGAGACAUUCCAGAGAGCUAUGUUUUAGGAGUGACAUUCCGUGACCCUACCUACCCACAAGGUUUCAUAUUUGAGGCUAAGAGGUUACCCGGAGCCAAGGUGCCAGACAAGGUGCUGAAGCCCGAGGAUUUCAUGAAUGCCAACGGGUACCGAGGUGGGCGUGGCGGUGGACGGGGUUACGGUGGUAGAGGAGGCCUGGGCUAUGGUGGUCGUGGUGGUGGUGGUGGAAGGGAUGGAUACAGACCUCAGCUGGGAUUCCAGAGGAAUAGUGGAUACAGGGAUGGAUUGGAUACCAGUGCUGCUCAGAGGAUGAUCAGGCAUGGUGUUGACACUGGUUAUUUUCCAGCAAGGGACCAAGAUGUCCAGGAAUAUUUCGGUGCAACCCAGCUCUUCAACCAAUGGAAACAACAGCUUAUAAAAGGCACCCAAGGUGCACCUGUGGACCAAUACAAGUCGUCCCUCCCCCUGUUUCAGCAAGGUGCCCCGCCUUGUUCCAGUCAGUCCCACUACCUCCCUAGCAAUCAUGCCAUGCCAGCAUGCCUUAGCCAGCCCCAAGCAAGUCUUUCAAGACACCAUGGUUCAGACCAAGGAAGGAAUGAUCAGUCUCUCUUGGGUGCCCCACCCCUAAUGCAGCAAUCAGGAGGAGGAGGAGGAGGAUACAACCAGAGGCAAGGAUAUGGUGGGCAAGGUAGGAUUCAAUCAUAAGUCGCUUUUAAUAUUUAUCCCCCCUUUCAAAGUAUUGUGCAAUACAACAUUUCCAAAAGUCUUGCACAACUUUUGAGACCGAAUUUGCGAUUCCUGGGUAUGUGGUUCAAUUCAAGGUUUAGUAAAAAACAAGAGUCGCAGCCAAAUUGCUGAAUUGGUCAUGCAUGCAAAGUACAAACAAUUGAUACAUAUUUCAAACAUUAAAAGCAGUGACAAUUGUAAAUACUGAGUUAAGAAAUAUGUAUGUAAAAGGCAAGAAAUAAGUAUACAUAAGAUAAUGAGGAAGUGGUAAAAUAAAGAGGAACAAUAAAAACAAAAUAAGUAAGUUGUAAAAGAUCAUUAAAAAUAUAUGGAUAUCAAGUGAAGGUUAGCUUUCCUCAUUCAUUAAACAUUUAAAUUGCAAGUAGGCAUGUUUAUGGUAUUGCUUUCAAAGGAGUAAUAGGUUUAUUGAUUGGGCAUGUCUUUAUUCAGGAGAUCUAUGUAAUAUGCUAUGGGGCUAUAUAUUGCGGAAUCGUUUUGUUGUCUCACCUGCAUAGCAGCGUGAGACUAUACAUGUACAUGUAGGCGCCGCUUUUCCGACGGCGGCAGCGGCGUCAACACCAAAUCUUAACCGAAGGUUAAGUUUUUGAAAUGACAGCAUAACUUAGAUAGUAUAUGGACUUAGUUCAUGAAAAUUGGACAUAAGGUUAUUCAAGUAUUACUGAACAUCCUGCCUGAGUUUGAGGUCAUUUGUCCAAGGUCAAAGGUCAUGUAGGGUCAAUAAACUUAGACCAUAUUGGGGGAAUCAACAUCAAAAUCUUAACCUAAGGUUAAGUUUUUGAAAUGUCAUCAUAAAUUCAAAAGUAAAUGGAUCUAGUUCAUGAAACUUGGCCAUAAGGGUGAUAAAGUAUUAUUUAACAUCCUGGUUGAGUUUCAAGUCACAUGACCAAGGUCAAAGGUCAUUUAGGGUAAAUGAACUUUUACCAAGUUUGGGGUAUUUGUUUAAUUACCAUCAUAACUUUAAAAGUUUAUGGAUCUGAUUCAUAAAACUUGGACAUAAAAGUAAUCAAGUAUCACUGAACAUCUUGUGCGAGUUUCAGGUCACAUGACCAAGGUCAAAGGUCAGUUAAGGUCAAUGAACUUUGGCCAUGUUUGGGGUAUUAGUUGAAUUACCAUCAUAACUUCGAAAGUGUAUGGAUCUAGUUCAUAAAACUUGGUCAUAAGAGUAGUCAAGUAUCACUGAACCUCCUGUGCGAGUUUCAGGUCACAUAACCAAGGUCAAAGGUCAAUGAACUUUGGCCAUGUUGGGGGAAAUUCUUGAAUAACCAUCAUAACUCCGAAAGUGUAUGGAUCUACAUGUAGUUCAUAAAACUUGGACAUAAGAGUAAUAAGUGUCACUGAACAUCUCAUGCGAGUUUCAGGUCACAUGACCAAAGUCAAAGGUCAGUUAAGGUCAAUGAACUAUGGCCAUUUUGGAGUUAAUUAUUAGAUUGCUGUCAUAACUUUCAAAGUUUAUAGAUGUAGUAUAUAAAAUGUGGAUAUAGAGGUAAUCAAGUAUCACUGACAAGUCUUAGGUCGGAUGAUCAAGGUCAAAUGCCAUUUAUUGUCAAUGAACGUAGUAUUUUAUGAUUAUAUGAUUGGUUUGUACUUGAACAUUUUGCACUUGACCAAAAUUGUGCAAAAUUUUAUUUACAAAUCCAAUAUAUGUGUCUCAAACCCAAUUCAUAGUAUGAUUAUUUUGUUGUCACAGCAUGGAAUAAAAAAUUAUGUUGCUGAUAUUUUUAGAUGUUAAAUACAACAAAAAAGAAAUGUGAAAAACAAAAAAAUUACAUAUGAAAUAAAAGUAAACUAAUAAAAUACUUUAAAAAUCAUAACUUGUUUUUAAUUCAUUACAGAUUUGGAUGAAUUUUCCAUUCUUAUGCUUGUUUGAUUUUUUCCCCUGUGUAUUGUAUCAAUUAGUUGUUGGGUUGGUUGUGGCCUAGAUGUUGCAUUUACCGUGUUCUGACACUAACUGGCAAAAAGUUUAGAGAUGGCACAGUGCUUCAAACCAAAACACAAAUAGUAUUGGCUUCAAUCCAGGGUGGUAUUUGCACAAAAGUUAGUAUUAUGGUAAUGUUACCUUCCAAUGGCAACUACAUGUACUAUGACAGUUAAAAGCAAGGAUACAUAUGUAAAACGGAAAAAAUCCAUAUUCAUUGUUUGAAAUGAAAUCUAAAAUAGAAUAACUCAGAAAAUUCUAUUUGCCAAAUUGAUUGUGGGCUUUGGCAGUCACUGUGCAGCGUCAGAUGGACGUAGCUCUAUCCCUUGAAUUGUUGAACACAAAACAUGGUAGCGGCAACUCCAUCUUUUGAUCUGACACGGCCUGGGCUUGAACUCGCAACCUCCUGGUUGUGAGUCGAACGCUCUACCAACUGAUCCAACACACUGGAUGGUAAAGUUGCUAUACUUGUAGAUGCGACAUGGUCCAGGAGGGCAAUGUUGUGAAUUUGGUCCUUUGCGCAUUUGAGCCUCAACUUUUGUUUAGAUAUUGAAUUCAACUUUGCCACUGAUAUUGAGGUUUUUGAAAAGUUUUGCAAGUAUAUGUAAUGCCAAAAGCUGAAUAGGUAUGCUUACAAUGUUCUAAAUCUAAGUAACUUUCUAAGAAUUUUAUUUGUCCAUGGCUUUGAGUUUUUGCUCUUGUUUCAGUGUUAUAUUUAUAUUGUUUGUUUUUUGUAGUGCGGUUUUUUUAAAGGGGGAAUUUGGAUUGUUCCAUAUGACCUAAUAUCCAACUAAAAUAUG